UGUAAAAUUUUAUGGAUGAAGAAACCGAGGCCCAUAGAGGUCCCUGAGCAGUCAGAACCACAUGGUUCACAGCCCAACUCGGGAGAGGCAGGGGUGACUGGGCUUGCACGGGAGGCUGUGUGGAGGAGAGGGCCUGGACCAACGCGGAUCUGGGGUCGGGCGGGACCAUCUCGGUCCAGCAACGCCCAGAUCUGGGGCCCGGGGCUCGCCCACGCCGCUCGGGUACAGGCACCACCCAGCCCCUUGGCGCCACUCGCGGCCGCCUGGCCUGGGCAGGCGCAGCGCUCGCACCGCCCACUCGGAGCCGGUCUGGAGGCCGGGGUCCGGGAGUCCCGAACUCCAGCCGGGCCUGGGGACAGCCCGGGAGCGAUGGCUCCGUCCGAAGCGGGCUGGGACCCCCUCGGCUUCGCCCCCUCGAGCCGUUGGCGGGUGCCGGGCUGGGGUGGCCAAGGCCCGAAGCCCGGGCUUUCUGGAGACUGGACCAGGCUUCGGUCCCUGCAGAGCGCAUCCCCCACCCCACGCCCAGAUGCCGGAGUAGAGUUUAUUUCCGGUCCCCUCCUCCCUGGCCCCGGGGCCAUCAAGGGAGGAGCGAUGGAGAAGUGGGCGGGCAGGUCCCGGUUGUGUCUGAUGCUGCUUCUGUUCCUCCCUCAGCUCUGCCUGGAUCAGGAGGUGUUGUCUGGGCACUCUCUUCAGACACCUCCCGAGGAGAACCAGGGCCCUGAGGGUGUCUGGGGUCCUUGGGACCAGUGGGCCUCUUGCUCCCAGCCCUGCGGGGUUGGGGUGCAGCGCAGGAGCCGGACGUGUCAGCUCGCUACAGCUCAACUCCACCAGGGCCUGCCCCUCCCACCCCGGCCCCCAAGACAUCCAGAAGCCCUGCUCCCCCGGGGUCAAGGCACCAGACCUCAUACUUCCCGAGAAACCCUUCCCCUGUACAGGCCACCACCUCGGGGAAGAGGUGGCCCCCUUCGAGGUCCUGCUUCUCAUUUAGGGAGAGAGGAGGCCCAGGAGAUUGAAGGAGCCAGGAGGUCCCGGGUUCGAGACCCCAUCAAGCCAGGAAUGUUCGGUUAUGGGAGAGUGCCCUUUGCUUUGCCGCUCCAUCGGAACCGCAGGCACCCCAGGAGACCACCCAGCUCUGAGCUCUCGAAGACCUCAGAUCUUCCAUCCCUGACUCCAAGAACAGAGCCAUCUUCUGCAAACCACACCCUGCAAACUGAACUCCCUCCUACUGAACCGUCUGCCCACACCCUGUCCCCCCCAGGAGAACCCCCAAGCCCCGAAGCUGCUCAGACAGAGAUGCCCUCUAGAACCAGGCCUGCCCUCACACGGCCCCACCCCAGAGCCCAGGCCUCUGGCACAGAGCCCUCCUUGUUCCCUCCAUCCCCAGGAGAAGGUAGCUCCUUUCACAUGUCCCCUCAGCCAAGAAGGCCAAGUUCCCAGGGUUGGGCCGGUCCCCGGCUGGCAGAGAGACACCCUAAUCCUUUCCUUUCUGUCCCUCGGAGCCGAGGCCAGCAAAGCCGGGAGCACUGGAGACCUGGGGGGAAUCUUCACGGGUCCCUCACGGAGUCUGUCCCUCACUACCCAGAUGGCUGGCUGCCUCUGCUGAGUGCUGGCCCCCAUUCCAGCCCCCUCUGGAGCCUCUUUGCUCCCAGUAGCCCUGUCCCAAGAUGUUCUGGGGAGAGUGAGCAGCUGAGAGCCUGCAGCCAAGCGCCCUGCCCCCCUGAGCAGCCAGACCCCCGGGCCCUGCAGUGUGCAGCCUUUGACUCCCAGGAGUUCAUGGGUCAGCUGUACCAGUGGGAGCCCUUCACAGAAGUUCAGGGUUCCCAGCGCUGUGAACUGAACUGCCGUCCCCGUGGCUUCCGCUUCUAUGUCCGUCACACCGAAAAGGUCCAGGACGGGACCCUGUGUCAGCCUGGAGCCCCAGACAUCUGUGUGGCCGGACACUGUCUGAGCCCUGGCUGUGACGGGAUCCUUGGCUCGGGCAGGCGUCCAGAUGGCUGUGGAGUCUGUGGGGGUGAUGAUUCUACCUGUCGCCUCGUCUCGGGGAACCUCACUGACCGGGGGGGCCCUCUGGGCUAUCAGAAAAUCCUGUUGAUUCCUGCUGGAGCCUCCCGGCUCCGGAUCGCCCAGCUCCGGCCCAGCUCCAACUACCUCGCACUUCGUGGCCCUGGGGGCCGGUCCAUCAUUAAUGGAAACUGGGCUGUGGAUCCCCCUGGGUCCUACGCUGCUGGCGGGACUGUCUUCCGGUACAGCCGUCCUCCUCGAGAGGAGGGCGUGGGAGAGAGUCUGUCCGCGGAAGGCCCCACGACCCAGCCUGUGGAUGUCUAUAUGAUCUUUCAGGAGGAAAACCCAGGUGUUUUCUACCAGUAUGUCAUCUCUUCACCUCCUCCAAACCUUGAGAACCCCACGCCAGAGCCCCGUCUCCCCCAACUCCAGCCUGAGGUUUUGAGGGGAGAGCCCCCACCUGCUUCAGUACCCCGCCCUGCCCGCACCCCAGGCACCCUCCAGCGUCAGGUGCGGAUCCCCCAGAUGCCCGCCCCGCCCCAUCCCAGGACACCCCUGGGGUCUCCAGCCGGAUACUGGAAACGGGUGGGACACUCUGAGUGCUCGGCCUCCUGUGGAAAAGGUGUCUGGCGCCCUGUCUUCCUCUGCAUUUCUCGUGAGUCAGGAGAGGAACUGGAUGAACGCAGCUGUGCCGUGGGCACCAGGCCCCCAGCCUCCCAGGAACCCUGCCACGGCCCCCCGUGCCCACCGUACUGGGAGGCCGGCGAGUGGACGUCCUGCAGCCGCUCCUGUGGCCCCGGCACCCAGCACCGUCAGCUGCGCUGCCGGCAGGAGUUUGGGGGCGGUGGCUCGUCGGUGCCCCUGGAGCGCUGCGGACAUCUGCCCCGGCCCAACAUCACCCAGCCGUGCCAGCUGCGCCUCUGCGGCCGCUGGGAGGUCCGCUCCCCCUGGAGCCAGUGCUCUGUGCGGUGCGGGCGCGGCCAGAGGAGCCGACAGGUCCGCUGCGUCGGCAACAACGGUGAUGAAGUGAGCGAGCAGGAGUGCGUCUCAGGCCCCCCGCGGCCCCCCAGCAGAGAGGCCUGUGACAUGGGGCCCUGCACCACAGCCUGGUUCCACAGCGACUGGAGCUCCAAGUGCUCAGCUGAGUGUGGGACGGGAAUCCAGCGACGUUCUGUUGUCUGCCUUGGGAGUGGGGAGACCCAUGGGGAGGGCCAGGAGGAAGCAAGGGCAGGAGCCACUGAGCAGACCUGUGCACCAGGAAGCCGCCCCCCUGACAUGCGUGCCUGCAGCUUGGGGCCCUGUGAGGUGACGUGGUGCUGGUACACGGGGCCCUGGGCAGAGUGCUCCUCAGAAUGUGGCUCUGGCACGCAGCGUAGAGACAUCAUCUGCGUGUCCAAACUGGGGACUGAGUUCAAUGUGACUUCUCCUAGCAACUGUUCCCACCUGCCCAGGCCCCCUGCCCUGCAGCCCUGUCAGGGGCAGGACUGCCAGGACCGAUGGUUUUCUACACCCUGGAGUCCGUGUUCUCGCUCCUGCCAGGGGGGCAUGCAGACAAGGGAGGUCCAGUGCCUGACCGCCAACCAGACACUCAGCAUCCGAUGCCCUCCUCACCUGCGGCCCUCCAGGAAACGAUCCUGUAACAGCCAACCCUGCAGCCAGCGCCCAGAUGAUCAAUGCAAGGACAGCUCUCCACAUUGCCCCCUGGUGGUGCAGGCCCGGCUCUGCGUCUAUCCCUACUACACAGCUACCUGUUGCCGCUCUUGCGCCCAUGUCCUGGAGCGGUCUCCCCCGGAGCCCGCCUGAAAUGGGCCCAGGAGGCCCUCUCCUCGUGGUUUUCUCAUGCCACCAUCAGUCACCUGUCAGUCAGCCCACUCUGUACCCUCUGGCUCUCUAGCCUGUCCUGGUCUCACUAGGGACGUCCCCCAGGGUGGUCAAAGGUGGCAAGAUGACAGACAGUAACCGUCAGGACGUGUGGUUGGGUCUGUGCGGUGGUGUGAUGGUGUGUGUGCACAUAUGCCCCCAGAUGUGUAUCUGGGCCUGUGUGGAUGUGUGUGCGCCCAUAAAUCUGUAUCACUUCUCAAAAAGAAGUUACACAGACUGAGAAGGAACCGGGAGAGGGGACAAUGCCUGUUUCCGUGAGAGUUUUCUAGGCUGAAAGGAAAGCAAGUUUGCAACUCUUUGGGAAUCUGAGCUACUUAGAGUCUGGCCUCCCCAUUAAUCCCAACUUUGUGUCCUAAACCUCAUUUCUCCUGUUCAGGCCACACAUCAUCUAAACCAUCCUUUUGUCCUCUGACCCUUUCUCCCCUUACUUAGUCUCUCUAUCCCUCCCUCUCAUAGUUAGCUAGGGAUGGGGUGAGCCAUUGCCAAUCCUGCUUUUCCCCAGGAAGAGAGACUAUCUCCCCAGAGCAGGGACCAGCUGGGCAGAGGAUGGAAAAGAGAAAGGUUAGAAUAAGACACCCUAGCCCCUGCUCCCGCUCCCCACCUCCUAAAAUGGUUCCCGCCCCAGAACUAAUUUAUUUUUUAUUAAAGAUGAUUAUGACAAAUGAGAAACAGGCUCUUCAUUGUCCUCGUGGGAACCCAGCCAUACAGGCCACCUAAGCAAGCAGUGUGAGAUCAGAAUGAAGGGUGGGAAGGGGAACGGUCCUUGGAGCCCAGGUGGAGAGAGUUUGGGUCCAGAAAGGCUAAUGAGUGAGCCCCAGUCACCUGAGACCAGGAGCCUUGGUCAGAGAGGGAGAGGAUCCUGGCCGACCUCAGGCCCUGCAGGUUGGUCAUUGACCACUAGAGGUCACCACUUCUCCCAGUUUAGGUAUGGAGUUGGGCGCUUGGGUCCAGAGCUGAAGAAGAAACUGCUUGGCCUAUGGUGGGUUUCUUGGUAGGCUGAGUCUUUCUGUACAGUCUCUUGGAAUCUAGUAGCACUUUUUUCCCAUCUGGGGCUGAGCUGAAUGGCGGCUGCCUUUUCAGGGCUCCUUUUUCCUGUUCCCUUUCUUUGGCCCUGCCUUCCUGCCCCUCUCAUCCUUUCUGCUAUUACCCAUUUCCCUAUUAAGCUCUUGGUUUAUUGCUUUUUAUAGGGUGGGAGGAAAGGAAAUGAUUCACACCCCACACCCCACACCCCUCUCCCUCAGCAGAAACGGCCGGAGGAGGAGCCUGGCCCGGCUCUAGGGGACUUGGGGGUGGAGUCGAGGGUGGAGCCAAGGCAGUACUGGAUGUCCUGCCAAAGACACAUUCUUCAGAGAUGUCUCACCCUACUCUCCUCCCUCCUCCCUCCCCCGCCCAUGUCCACUCUCAAGGUAAAUAGCUUGCUAGAGGUGGUGUGAGAGUGGGCAGCCUUUUCCAUAACACAGAUCCUCUCCCUGACCCCUACAAUUCUGAGGUCUGAGUCCAGAUCUCCACUUGUGGAAGCCAGACUUCCCAGGGGUCCCCAUGCCUAGGAAGAGGGGAAGUGCAAUAGAAUUGAGCUUCUCUCCCCAUUAGAAGCAUCCCUCCCCCAUCCCUGCGCCUCUACAAGUCUGGCCGAGUAGACCGUAAAUAAAGGCCUGCAGAAACAGCUGAACUCGGUGACUGCUGUUUCCUGAGCAUGCACACCCAGACACCCAGACACUGGGGAGGACCCCAGAGUUGCCUGAGGAGACAGGACUUCUCUGCUCUGGCAGCUCCCUCACAUCAUACUGUUGCCUUGGGAAGCAGGCUUUCCCUGGGUUGGAAGUGGCUGAGAAGGCAGACUCCGGACAACAUCUUGGGAGGACAGUGCAUGAGGAAGGAGGCAAAAGAAAAUGGGGGGAAAGGAAAAUGAAACUGACUUUAGUCCAGGGCGAGGAGUAAGGAAGGGGGUACAAGGAAAGCCCAGUCUUAGUGUCUCUGCUUAGUGUAAAGAGAAGGCAUCAGAUGUGUUCCUCUCUUUGGUGAACCCCUUAGGGGAUCAGAGACGCGGGGGGACCAGGAAGUGGGACCUGAGCCAGCCCUGUAGAUACGGAGGGCUGAAGGCGGAGCCCUGAGACCGAGGGAGGGGUGUGGUGAAUAGCUGGGGCCCUCCCAGCGAUUCCUGGAAGCUGAACGCUGGGCGGUGGCCCCUGCUCAGCUGACUUCCCCGAAGUUCCUCCUCCCUCUUUGGGCCUCUCUGGGCUGUUGCCGGGCAGGUUUGGAGUUUGGCCUGAGCCUGAGAACCAAUCACAGGUGGGGAAUGCAGCCACAGCCCCUCUAAGGGCUCCCCCAGCUUCAGUAACUCCCUUCUCUUUCUGAUAGCCCCCAGCUCCCUCAUAGGCUCCAGCCUCUGACUGCUCAGGAUGUGGGCUUUCAUCUGGGGGGUCGCCCCCUUUCACCUCAUUUUAAAGCUAGGAUUCAGUGCAGCCCCUAAGGAUUCUUUUCUCUGGUCACUGAGGUCAGUAUUGGGGGGGGGGUGUCAAUGUGAAAGUUUUCAGGAAGGGAAACCUGACCCCCAGCACCCCUUUUCCUGGCCCCUUAGAGGGGAGUAGUGUGGCCAGAUACCUCUUUGAUGACCUCUGAAACCCUCUGGAGGGCUGGGAGAGAGGAAGCUGCAACCCAAGGUCAGGGAGAUGUGCUAGAGGGGCCCCUAGGUUUGGUGCCCUGGGUGGAAUUUAGGGAAGGACUCAGAGGAACUGGACCCCUGAGAAUCGAGGUGGGGGUGGGGUGGUGAUGGGAACAAUCUUGAUGUGCACAAGAGAGAUCAAGCGUGCAGAAGGCCAGCAAAUUGCUAGGGCUUCUCGUUUUCUCGGUGUUUGUUGGGGGAAGGGGAUUGUGGUUCUGUGUCAGUGGACUUAGGGGUGAACUUGUGAGGUCUCAGUUCAGCUGGGUCAGAAUUCCUCUCCCCUCCCCCCUCCCAGUUUCCCCAGGGUAAUUACCCACCCAAUUAAGCUUCAGCCUUCAGACUAAAUUUAGCUUCUAUACUUCCCCAACCAGGGGCCUCCCUGCAAGCAGGUGCUCACAGCUGCAGGGGUGAGUCUGAGGAGACCAGACCCACACUCUUCACUCAUCCAGAUUCAACCUCUGUGGUUAACUAACUAGGAGUGAAGCAGAGCACAGGGCCCCAGUUGCUGACCUACGGCAUGAGUGUCUCAACCUGAAGACACCCUCCCUCAGGAGCCCUUUAGGGGAGGAUCUCGAUAGACCUGGAGGGCGGCAGGAGGGCAGAGGGAUGAGAGUGACAACAAAAUGCAAGGAGAAGGUCCCUUCCAGAUUCCCUCCAACCAGAUCCUCUUUCAUUUCCUGUUUCCCCUUCUCCCCAGUUUUACAAACAGAGACUUCAUUUGAACUUAACACCCUUCCCCCACCAGAGUAAACUGAAUCAGAGACCUCUCCUCUCCUUGAAGCAUGGGGAGUCAUGCUAAAGAGUACCUCAGUAGUUUGGAGGUGGAGUGGGGGCGUGGGUUCCUGCAUUCCCACCCUCUCUCUGACCCGCAUCCCUCAAAUCCAUCACCUCUGGUUCUGGGAGUUAGGUGGGUGAGGAAGUUAGAGCGGAGGGGGCUUAUCUGUCACAGGCAGGUGAUGAAGAGAUGUCAGCUUUAAAGGGUGAGAGGCACCUUCUACAGGAAGUAGAAAGCCUCAGGAAAGUACCUAAGACUAAGUCAGUCAACAAGAGAGAAACAGUUUGGGUUAACCAAACUAGACAGCGCAAAUCUUCAAUCUGACUUUGGGCUCCUUGACCCUGGAGAUUGGGGAAAGCUCUAGAGGGGGUUGUUUCAUGGCUGAGGUCAGAAAGUAGAAAGGAUUGGAGGGAGAAAUGUGCAAAAUUAGUCCCAAACAAGGUAUGCAUGAGCCAUAGCAGUCAGAUCCUAGGCAACCAAUCAGCCACACCAGCUGAAGGGGAGGUGUAGGGAUGGAUGGCUAGGAACCAGACCAGAGCACUUUCUCAGCGAGCACCAGAGAGCUGUGUUUGAAUGUCCUGGGAAAGAACCUCAGUGUUAGAGGAGAGAUGGGUUCAAUUUCAGGAAUGUCCCAGGUUGGGGUUAGGAUGUCUGUGUGUGUGUUGUACUCCUCUGAGCCUUGCCGGAAUCUUUUUAAGAGACAGCUCUACAGAACUUUGAGUGAGGAGGAAAAGAAACUGGGGGUGAGAGGGUGGGGUUACUCAUAAGAAGAAGACUGUGUGUGUCCCUGGGAUCCCUAGGCUAAAAGGCAAGAGGCCCUGCCCUUGAUGGGAGGGGCAGAGUUAAUCUGCCCUGGAACCAGACCCCCUCUUUCUUCUCUUCCUCCCUCCCCUCACUACUAUUGAUUCUUGGUUGCCUGCCUCUUUCAUGACAUCAUAAGAUGCCUUUUUAGCUCUAGCAGAGGAGUGGGCAACCUUUUUCCCUUAAGGACCAGCCGUAAAUAUUUUCGGCUUUGCAGGGCAUAGAAUCUCUGUUGCAACUACUUGACUCUGCUGCUGUAGCCCAGAAGCAGCCCUACACAGUUUGUAAACAAAUGGGCAUGGCUGUGUUCCAACCAAACUUUAUUUAUGACACUGAAAUCUUAAUUUCAUAUAAUUUUAACGUGUCACCAAAUAUCUUUUUUCAACCAUUUAAAAAUGCAAAAACCAUUCUUAGCUUUUGAGCCAUACAGAAACAGGCAAUAGGGCAGAUUUGGCUGGCAGGGAGUUUACUUACCCCUGGGAUUUCUUCUGUCUGGUUGAACUCCCACAAUGCCCAGCCAUGGAAAGUCCUGUUUGUAUCCCCUCUGCUUCAAAAUACAGCUGUAGACCCUUUUAAUUCAACAUCCUAUUUAUUGACAUCGGCUUCUUAGUGGUUUCUCCCUGGGAAUUCAAUGGCUUGGACAUGGCUGAUAGAGUAAAUCCUUAAGGGACGUUUCCCGAAAUUCCUUAAAGCACUUUGUUUAGUGCUUUAAGGUAAAGCACUUGUAUAUAUUCUCUCUUUAAAUCUUCUCAAUAAUAAGAUGGGGGAAGACAAUUAAAUCCAGUUUACAGGGGAGAAAAUUAAGUCUAGUCUUUUAACUUUUAAAAUUCUAAUUCCUUUGAUCUGCUAUUCAAUUUCAUUCCCACAGAGCACCCUUUAUCAAAAUACUCAGUUCUUUGGGCCACAGUGAUCUGGAAGUUGGAUGGGAUCAAGUGUUUUUGUUGUUUUCAAAUGUCUUUCAUGACUUCUCUGCAUUUUAGGAAAAUCCUGUCUAAAUUUCAUUUUUCAACUCAAAGUUUCAAGGAAUUAAAAAUCCUUUCAAAUAUAUUCAGUGUUUAGGCCCCAGGAAAAAAUUAAAAUAAAUAUACAUGGUCUUUGUGUAAGGUACACACACUGUCAUACAAACAUAGGCUUAUAUAUUACUAAUUGAGUCACAGUUUUUUUCCCUAGAACAAACUUAAUCAAAGUUGUAUGUUAAUUAUGUUCUGGACUUAAAAGCAAUGCAGCUGCAUUUCUUUUUAAAAUAACCUAUUUCUGGGAUUGCUUACCAAAUCCUUCUUUUGUAUUAGAGGUUUUCUUUCACUCAAUAGUACCGUGAUGGACUGACGUUAUCUAUCCAUCAUGGUUCAUGAGGGGGGAAAGGAAGAUACAGAACCUCUAUCCUGUUUCAGACCUGACCCCAACUAUCAAACUUUGAAGUGAGAGAAAGGGGCAAAGCAGCAGGUAAUCAACCACUCCCCCACCAUUACCAAGCUCCUCUGUACAGCUGUUGUUCCUUAAAGCUGAAAACAAGCCACCUCAUUUCAAAACACACACACAGACAACCUCACUUCAUUUCGACACGAAGUUGUUUCCCUCUUUCUGUUUCUCUACUUUGCCUCACGGAGGAUUUCUGAGAAAUGAAAAAAGUCACCUCCCACAGUCUCAGUCUGCAGUUUUGUUUUUUGGGUUUUUUUUUUUUUUUUGUAUGAUGAAGAGGAGAGACAGGAAAGGCGUACACUGGGCAUACAGUAUUAACCCAAAGCCUUACAAAGUAAGCAAAAUGCCCUUCCCAUAGCGCUUCAGCCUAAGUGGGCCCCACCUUGCCUUAGAUCUGGGCUUUCAGGGUCUAGAGAUGGGUGGGAACCACUCCAGGCAACCUCAGGAAUAGAGGUGUGAACUGAGGAUGGAAUGCAUGAAAGAUCUGGGCAUAGAGAUUCAGGAAUAAAAUGUUUAUGAAACCAAUGUUUCUUAGGGAAAACCCCUCCCCCCCCCCCCCCCCGACCCCAAAUCUGAACACCUGAGUCAUGCCAGCCCCGCAGGGGUGUCUAUAAAAUGUGUAGCAAGAUAUCUGAAACCAGCUCCUCCUAUUAGACUAGAAAACGAACUGUUUUUAGGGGCACAGAAUUGAAGGCGUUUCUUAAUCAAAAUAAAGUAGAAAACUUAUCUCAUUCAGGUAGAAACCCAACGGUUAAAUACUCUCUUCCUUGUCUGCUUCCUUGGCUCUUUCCCAGCACACCUUGUUCCAGAAUAACUUCAAUAAACAUACACAUGUGACCACAGAGGGUGGGGGGAGGGGAGACCAAGUGGGGGUGGGGAAAUUCUGAAUGGAAUGCAGCCCCAGCUAGCUAGGGGGCUGGGACUGAGACUUCGGGCCCUGUCUGUGGAUUUAUACAAGCACAGAAGCCAAAACAAUGAGCUCAUGGGCAAGAAUGCAGCCUGUGGGGAAGUCCGGGCAGUCAGAGCAAACUCAUUUUUGAACCAGGACGGGAAUAGCUGUAAUUGAGUCUCCCACGGGAACAGGAUUAGGGAGAGUGGAGCCAUCAUUCAGUAUCUUAGGGUCCAGUUAAGUAACUUUUGGGGGCUGUUCUUUAUUAAAUUGUUCUGCAGAGAGCAGAGCAGUCUCGGGUCCAUGUUCAAAAACCUGGUUCCUUUCCCUGACUAUGUGAACUUGGGUGGGUGAAGAUGGCUGGUGAGAUGUGUGAGCGAACUUAGGUGAUGCUCUUAAGACAACUUUAUUCAAAGCAGGUCUGCCAACGCCAGCUCCUACACCAGGAUCCAGUGAUGGCUAUGAUCCUUACGUUGUGUGUGUUCAGGGCUACCACUUUAACAAGACAGAGGAAACGGCCAAGAGUCUAUCUUCUUUACUUCCCAAAUAAACGCAGUCCACCCAGCUGUGUGUAUUUAUACCAAAUUCAGACUUCUAAGACCAAAGAGACAUCUUUUUUUUUUCCCACCAGUGUUUUCCAAUACUUUUAUAUAAGGCCCUAAAUGGAAGAAACUGAAGAGAUACUACCUUCACUGGCCAUGUAUGGUGAAGGGGAAGGAAGGCAGGGAGGGAAGAUGAAAUGAGAAGAAAAAAAAUUAUCUACACAUCUCCCCCUUCUCCUACCCCCCACCAGAGGUUCUUUCCCAGUUCCAUGCUUUUGUGCAUGUUUCCUACUCAUUUUAAGGUCCAACCUCAAAUGUUUAUUUUGAAGCUUUCUUGACCACCUUCUACUUCCAGAAGUUGUCACCCUGCUUUGUCUCACCUCAUCUUAUAUCUUUAUUAUAGUAUUUUGUGUACUGUAUCCUAAUUAUUUUUGUCUAUGUUAUCACUCCUAUUAGACUGUGAGCUUUAACGUUGUGCUACAAUUGCUCUUUCCAUGGAUUUGUUAAUGCAUAAAUUCUUCAGAUGUAUUUCCUAAAAACGAGAACAUUUUCUUAUAUAACCACAAUUAACACACUCAAGAAAUUUAACAUUGAUACAGUACUGUCUAACAUAUUGCCCAUAUUAAAAUUUUCCCAAUUGUUCCCAAGUCCUUUAUAGCUUUUUUCAUCCAGGAUCCAAUCAAAGAUCACCCUGCAUUCAGUUGUCAUGUUUCUUUCAAGUGUUCCCUGGUUGGUGUUUUUUUUUUCCAUUCUAUACAUAAAAGCUUACAUCUGCUAACCCCAACCUCCCACUCCACCCUAGUCUUUUUUGAUUGUGUUGAGGGUAAGAAUUAGUCUUUUCAUAACUCCAGCAUCCAAAAGUGCAUGGUGCAUAGUAAGCAGUCCCCUGCCAGGUAAUGGACAAAUGAAGAGACUCAACAAACAUUUGGCUGCCUUGAGCUCAUUAAAUGUCCCAGUUCAUUGAAGUAUUGAAACAUUCUUAAUAAACUAAAGUAACCCCUGAACAGGGGAAAAGGAGAGAAGGCAAAGUGGGUAAGAAUACAGAAAUCCAAUGGCAGAGACAAGCCAUGGAAAUGGAUACUUGGAAGGGGUAAAAUCCAGAGUAGCAUUCUUGGCCCAAACACAUUUCCCAACAGUCAAGAACUAUUAUGCUAUGCAGGUAAAGAAAGGAACUGCAAAAGAAAAGACCAGGUAUAGCGUGGGAACAAAAGCCUGCCCCCCCCCCCUUUUUUUUUUUAACCUCACAAGAAUCAUUAGUAAAGAACACAGAAUCCCUGAGAGGUCUGUUACAUCUGCCUGCAGGCAGAUUCCCAACUCCCAACUUUCCACAUGCUUCACAUAACUAAGAUAACACUGUAACAACUUUGAAACUAAAGAAGAGGGACAGAGUUAAGCUUUCAAAUCUUGAAACUGAGAAGCCUUUAAAGAGUGUGGGAGGGUUCCAGAAGACAAAGCUCUGUAAUCAUUGAAAAAGUGGGGCCAAAAAGAACUAGGAUAAAUGAAGACAGACUCAGCUGAUCAUCUUGAACUCCAGGAAUUAAUGGCCUGGGCUCUGGGCAUCUGGAUGGAGCCGUGCUACACACCAGUUGUACAAAUUAUUUCACUUUAACUUUUGUAAAACCCUCCAGCUGUCACAACUGCUUUAAGAAAAAUGUUCUGAAACAGUCUGAAGCAAGAGCUAGCACUAAAGUCGCAAAACAGGAACUGAAAGAAAAAGUCUGGUUGUGUCAAAUGAGGGGAAGUGUUGAUUAUUUUGACUCCCAGUGACUCAUGUUACUGGUUACCAUUUGACCCAAGUUUUUAAGGUGUUAAACUAAGGAAUAUUGCCACAGAAAUAGCUUCACAUCACAACAGAGCAAUGGGAGCAAUAGUAUUUGCACAGCAGGACUUGACCCUGACCACUAUUUGGGCUCUCAUGUCCUGUGCUACAUUCUCCCUCCACACCUGUUCGGGAGUUCAUUUGUACAAAACAGCUUUCUUUGUAAUGAGAAAAAACUGCCAUCUUCUGGUAGUUAGGCUGCAGAAAAAGAGGGGCUGCCAAACAGAAAUGCACAAAACCUGAAGGGGGAAAAGCGCAGAAUCCUGUUUGCAUGAUUAGCAUUUGGUGCUCAGGGCUUAAAACCAAUAUGCAAACCUCAUAUUUGCACAUUUCCAUGGUGAUUCUGCUCCCUUUCAAGGUAGCUGAAAAUAAAGACAGGAUAGGGCUUCUGAAAUUGACUUGCUUAUUCUCACCUCCUUUUUGGGAGGAAAGGGGAAAGGUACUGAAAGGUUAGUACCAACAACCUUAUGGAAACUUAACUUUGGGUGUUAAUUCUUCUAGCUCCUUUACUCACAAGGUUGAGUGAUAUAGGGAGAUACAAUAACUGUUGUAGUGAACCCUCUUACCCCCAAGUUAUACCAACAUUUGGUGUCUAAAAGAAAUCGGGAUGGGGAUUAUGAUUUUUGUAUUUAAAUAUACUGUUGCACUUUUGAACUACUCCAAAGUACAACAGUAAUACAUGUAAUUAAAAGCCCAGGACUUCCCUGCUGGUCCAGUGGUGAAGACUCUGUGCUUCCAAUGCAGGGGGUGCGGGUUUGAUCCCUGGUCAGGGAACUAAGAUCCCACAUGCCAUGCGGUGUGGCCAAAAAAAUAUUUUAAAAAAAGCCCAACAGCUCUAAUUUGAAUGAAAGAAGAGGUUAUCCUGAAUGGAACUGACCUUUGCUCUAAGGCAAAUCAGCUUUAUGGGGCUUUUGCUGGUUAAUUCACCUAUACUUGUUUGCUCAGCUGACUUCCCUCAGAUGCUUGCCUAAGAGGGGGAAGGAAAACAGGCAUUGAUUAGAAAACACCCGUACCACACCUUGCAUUUGAAUAAAAGAUUUAUUAUUUUCGUCUCAGGAAAAACAGGAAGUUAGGGAAACACACUACAUUUUACAGCCCACAUUAGUUUGUAGUUGGUCCUAACCCUUCCUGGCACAGAUGUCAACAGCAUUAGCUGUUUUAACCAGAACCAAGGUGUUCACCCCCAACAGAAUGUACACAGACGACACUAGAGGACUGCAGGGUUUUCCCUGAGAGAAGCAUCAGACAGACAGAAGUUGCUGAGAGAGCCAUCUUUCCAAGCAGCCCCUCCCUUUCCAUUUUGGAGGAUUUGCCUGAACUAUGCAGCUAGUCAGCACUUAAAACAUGUGCCUCUUCUCCCUACAGAAUCACCCACCCUGCCCCAAAGCACUUGGGCUCCCUAAGCCCUCACAGCCUCUGACCCAAAAUAGCAACUGAAGAUUCUCAUCUACAUUUCAGCAGUCACACCUAGUAAAUUGGGAAGUGGGGCCCCUAAACUCCAUCAAUCUACAGCUCUGUGCUUAUUUCCACAACUGGCUAUGGGGAGACAGGCCUUUUUAGUCACCUGAACUAGAUCUUAAGAUUAAUUAACUAUAUAAAGUGCUUUUAGGUCCUUAGAGAUAGACAUGAUAUAAAUAAGUGGUUUAUGAUCAAGAAUGAUAAAUACACAGAUAAAAAUAGCUCUAGCUAGAUGACCUUAAGGCUUGGAGAUGGGCGGGCAGGGCAAUUGUUCCCUUAUUACAUUCUUAGUCAUUUUAUUCAUGCCUAUUUCUGUCUGGAGUCUACAUCCUAAAGGUCAUGUUCAGAAGCUGAAGGUUUCAAAAUGACCCUGGUUCCACUAUAGAAGUUUUCUUCAGUUUACUAGUAGCUUUUAUAUAACUCUGAGGUUUAACAGCCCAUCAAUUUCUAUAAUUUUAAGUGAGCAUAUUCAAAUGCAAAAGAACCUAGAGAAAGUCACCUAUCAUCCCCUCCUCUGAAAAUCCCUAAGGGGAUUUUGAAAAUUUCUCCCCAAAGACAGGAUUAAGCAACAACCAAUAAGAUACUAGUCCAAGGAAAAGGGACUCUUCUUCUCACCUCAUCACUGUUACUGUCGGCACCCAUUGUACUGCCACCUCCUAAGGAUAAAAUUCAAGAAGGAUGAAGGUCUGUGGACUCCUUGGGCGGUCACUUAGGUUCCUAGUGCCAAAAACUAAAAGGGCUAGUAAGAGUUCAGGGAUGGCAAGGUAAAUUUGUAGGAACUAUAAAUAUCUGUAGAGGGAGCCGAACAAGCAGCAAAUAUUUCAAGGAAGGAUAGGAAAUAAACGGUAAGUUUGAUAAAACAUCAAGUCUGAAGUCCAUAGAGAUGCCAAUGCAAAAAUUUGAAACAAAGUUUGAGAAUCAUUAAUAGAAAAGAAAUAAGUAUUCGUUUUAUUAACUCACUAGGCUUAGACCUGCAUUUAACAAGCAAGCCUAGUAAUAGCACCAUGGUUAGACUAUAGCCUGCUUUUCCAAGCCAUCAUUGUACAAUUUAUUAAGCAAACAAGGGAUCAAAUGUCUCUCAUCCACCCAAUGUGAUCUUUUUAUACAUACUCCUAAUAAGUCCCAUUUGGAACAGCUGAAAAUCUUUUAGCAAAAGCUUUGAAGAUGAGCUCAUGAACUCAGUUAAAAUUUCACCAGUUAAAUUAAGUCAAAUGGAAGGAACUCAAAUGAGUAGUUGCCCAAUCAGAGCCCAUUAUUUGUAAGUCAUCAGCCCGUGUGCCCUGCCCCCCCAAUAAAUCCUUAAAACCUUGACUCAAUUAUUGAAAACCCACAUGUAACAAAGUGAAAGGAUUAAUUUCCAUUCCUCAAUUUCUCAGCCCCAGGUUAAAAAAAAACAAAAAACAAAACCCAAACAGCUAUUUAAGAAAUACUUA